AAAGUGCACAGCUGCCGAUUGGUGAUUAUGCACUUGGCAUAUCUGAAAUAAAGUAGUUGUCACUCCCACCUACUAAACAUUCUUAACAAUAAUCAAGGAACAUUAAAGUGAUUCGAAUCGAUUGAUAAGCAUCGAUCUUUCAUUUCCAUUAGUUUCUGGUGGAUCUAUCAAUUAUCAACAAACAUGUUGGUGUUAGUUUUGGGUGAUUUGCAUAUUCCACAUCGAUGCAGUAGCCUUCCCAGUAAAUUUAAGAAGCUUCUUGUACCUGGAAGGAUACAACAUAUUCUGUGUACCGGCAACUUGUGUACCAAAGAGUCUUAUGAUUACUUAAAAACAUUGGCCAGUGAUGUUCAUAUAGUCAGAGGAGAUUUUGAUGAGAAUCUGAAUUAUCCAGAACAAAAAGUAGUUACUGUUGGACAAUUCAGAAUAGGCUUAUCCCAUGGACAUCAAGUAGUUCCUUGGGGAGAUCCAGAAGCUCUGGCAUUGAUUCAGAGACAAUUGGAUGUUGACAUUUUGAUAACAGGACAUACACAUAAAUUUGAAGCUUAUGAACAUGAAAAUAAAUUCUAUAUAAAUCCUGGUUCUGCCACUGGUGCAUAUAGUCCACUUGACACAUCUGUGACUCCUUCAUUUGUUUUAAUGGAUAUUCAAAGUUCAACAGUUGUGACCUAUGUGUAUCAAUUAGUUGGAGAUGAAGUGAAGGUCGAACGAAUUGAAUAUAAAAAGAGCUAACAAACAGAUCAAAAUAAAAAUGAAGAAUCGUCUAACUGAUGCUUUUAAUAUUCAAGUAUUUAUGACAAAUUAUAUUUAUUAAUCAUGUAUUACUACUAGAUUUUUAUUGUUUAUUUAAUAUUAUAU